CGUGGGUGUGGGUGGGGGGGUUGAAGGCGAGUAGGAGACAGGCUGGAGGGAUGGGGGAGCGAAACCAUAGGUGUGCGUGGGGGGAAACAAGCUGAGUGUGCGUCUCAUCUAAUAGAGCCUCGGAGCGCAUUAUCUCCCCCCGUCAUCUCCGUCUGGGCGGUCGGUGCUGAGCUGUGCUGGGGAAACGUCCGGGAGAAGAACGGUGAUGCGAGCGGAUAUUCUCAGCCACCGAGUUUAAUUGGUGUGAUUCAUGUCCCUGUUGAGUGGCUGAAACCUAUUCAGAGCCAGGGAUAAGGAGAGAGAGACAGAGGGGAGAGAGUGGAGACGAGAUUCGCGCAGAGAUCCACACGCAGGAGUGUUUGGAAAUGAAGGAAUUAUAAACGGGGCAAAAACAAUAUAACAAACCAGGAGGGACGGGUCAAAGUUUAUUUUGCAGUCGUGGGUUUUUUUCUUUUUCUUUUCUGCGGACAUCACUGUGCUUCAGAUUGACGCCGUGAUGGAAUGACACUUGGAGAGAGGAUGAUGGACACUUUGGCACCAGAGCUCCUGCUCAGAAAUCCUCCCGUUUACACCAGGCGCGGUGCUGACCGAGCCCUCAGGACGGCGAUCACUCAUUUGUUUUGAAGUGGCAGGAAAAUCCUCCUCUUGAUCGUUUUCUCCCCCCACACCACUCGGUCGCCAAAACAAGAGUGAGAGAUGGUGCGCACAGCGAUUCCUCUGAGACUGACGUGCGUACUCAUCACAUUCCCGUUAAGGAGCGCAUCUUAAAGAGCGUCAUUCUUCAUUCUUGUUCAUUCUGCUGCUCUGAACUUGUUGAACGGCGUUAAAGAGCAGGGGGACAGGGAGUACCCCGUGCGAGAGGGGCAUUCAAGAAAUUGCCAGAUCGCCACGCAGGACGAGGACCAUGAUUGACAGCCAGGAGAGCUGAGGAGACCUGUCACUCAUCUUCCUAUCAGCGUGUCAGAGGGCUAUCUCCUUCUCGCUUCCCCCCUCUUCCUCCUCCUUCUCCUCCACCAUCCUUCUCCCCCCCUCAAUCCUCUUUUCUUAUCUUCUCAAUGGACUGGUAACCUCACCAUCCCUCAUAGUUAUCCCCCACUCAAGAAAACCGAAAGAGACAGAAGUAGUAAAGAAAAACAACAAGACACUUCUGAACUGACCCUCGCUCCACCUGAGGGGAGUUUGGCAUGCCUCCUCACUCCAGUUGAGGGAGUUGUAGUAAGUGGAAGUAGAAGAGGGAUUCCUUGUUCGAAAACCUCCUUGAGUAGGAGCUGAGAGAGGACCAGUCAUGCGUUUCCAUUUUGCAUUAACGCUGCAGGCACUGUGGACUGGUGUUUGCCAGGCGGCCAUGCAGCACUACCCUGCAGCAUGGGGCCACUAUGAUGUGUGUAAAUCCCAGGUUUACUCAGAUGAAGGCUUAACCUGGGACUACAUGGCCUGCCAACCGGAGGCAGCAGACAUGACCCAGUACCUGAAGGUUACUCUGGAUCCCCCCAACAUCACCUGUGGAGACCCUCCGGAGACAUACUGUGCCCUGGAAAACCCCUACAUGUGUAACAAUGAAUGUGACGCCACCACAGAGGAACUCGCCCACCCUCCAGAGCUCAUGUUUGACAUCGAGGGCCGUAACCCUACAACUUUCUGGCAAUCCACAUCUUGGAAGAAGUACCCAAAGGCUCUCCUGGUCAACAUCACGCUAUCUUGGAACAAGACCAUCGAGCUGACUGAUGACAUCGUCCUCACCUUUGAGUCAGGCCGGCCUGAACAGAUGGUCCUAGAAAAGUCGCUGGAUUAUGGACGAACCUGGCAGCCAUACCAGUUCUAUGCCACUGACUGCCUAGAUGCUUUUACCAUGGAGCCCAAGACGGUGCAGGACCUGACUCAGCAUACCCUGCUGGACAUCAUCUGCACUGAGGACUAUUCACGAGGUUAUGUGUGGAAGUAUGAUAAAACGGUACGCUUUGAGAUCAAGGACCGCUUUGCGCUGUUUGCUGGGCCCCGACUCCACAACAUGGCUUCGCUUUAUGGCCAACUGGACACUACCAAGAACCUGAGGGACUUCUUUACCAUCACAGACCUGAGAAUCCGCCUGCUCCGGCCUGCUACAGGAGCCACAAUGGUGGACGAGAACAACCUGUCUAGAUACUUCUAUGCUAUCUCUGACAUCAAAGUUCAGGGCAGGUGCAAGUGCAACCUUCACGCCAACAGCUGUGUGUAUGACAAAGAGAAGUUGAGCUGCGAGUGUGAACACAACACCACUGGGCCUGACUGCGGACGCUGUAAGAGGAAUUACCAGGGGCGAGCGUGGAGUGCUGGCUCCUACCUGCCCAUCCCCAAGGGCACAGCUAAUAUCUGUAUUCCUAAUAACAUUGGUCCAGUUAACUGUGAGUGCUUUGGCCACUCCAACCGAUGCAGCUACAUCGAGGUGCUAAACACCGUCAUUUGCGUGAGCUGUAAGCACAACACUAGAGGCCAGCACUGCCAGCUAUGCAAGCUGGGCUACCACCGCAAUGCCUCUGCAGAACUGGACGAUGAAAAUGUGUGCAUAGAGUGUAAUUGUAAUCCCUUUGGCUCAGUCAGUGAUCGCUGUAAUGGCACAGGAUUUUGUAUAUGUAAGGAGGGCACUACAGGGCCCAAGUGUCAGGAGUGUCUACCCGGCUAUUUGUGGGACGAUGGCUGCAAAUCCCGGGUGUGUGACAACGAGCUCCAGCGCUGCCAAAAUGGUGGAGUGUGUGUCAACAACGUCCGCUGCAACUGUCCCGCAGCCUACACAGGCCUGCAGUGUGAGAAGCGCCGCUGUGAGUCGGAGCUAGGGGGCUGCGGGGGUCCCGAUUCGGGCCAGGCCCCCCUCACGACCCCAUCCUCCCCGAGGCUGCUGCUGCUUCUGCUACUGGGCUCAGCACUGCUGAGAGAGGCCUCCUGCUGGCCCACCGUGCUCUAAAGAGACCCAUGACCUGGUGGGAGUGAUAAACCCCCUGCCGCCUCCACCUUAACCUUCCCAUCUCCCCUUUCAAAAAUAAUCAACAACCAUUAAACAAGACAUGAGCUUUCUGGACUGUACUGUACUGAGCUUCUCCGCCGCCAGACUCAAUGGACACUCGCGCUGACAAUAAAGAGAAUGUGCCAGACAAAUGAGUGCAAAAACUUUUCAUUUAAUUUCAAAGAAUAUAUAGAAAUGAAAAAAAAAAAACAUAUACUUCUAAAAAUGCCAGAUAUUAUACAAAGAAGAGUAACAGAGCAUUUGCCUAAUAAGAGUAAAAUGAGCAAAGAACAGUGAGACCCCCUCCCCCUCUAAGCCAUACCAGGUACUUGAGCUCCUUCCAGUUUGAGAAGGGAUAAGUGAAGAUGACAGACUGGUUCACUUCCUCUCUUAUUGCCACAGCAACAACAGCUGCGACCAAUCAGCUCUUGCACGAGCCGUCAGUGGCCGCCGGUCCCCCCGGGAUGCUUCUGCGAGUUAAUGUUGGCUGGACUGACGCCGAAGAAAUCUCAAAGAAACUGUCCCUGCUGAACGGCAAAGACUGGCCUCUAAAACAUAACCGUUAUACUUCAUUACAACGACAAACAAAAAGAGAAGAAGAAAAAAAAAUAAUCACAGGAAGCAUUCUUUGCUGUCAGUGCAUUGUGGAUAGAAGGAAAUCUGUCCGGACUGCCACUUUGUGACACAAAAACCUUACCCACGUCGAUCCCUCUCUCGCUUUUUGUCUCUCCUUCAAGCUCUAUCUCAUCCUCCCUCCUGUUCAUCCACCCUCCCUCUCCGUCCUCCAGUCCCCAAUCCCCUCGCCAUGCCGCCACAGACCUGUGCUUUCGUGAACGUUACUCUGUAAACCCUUGUUGGUUGAAAGAUUCUUUUGUCCGAUGUUAGUGAUGCACAUGUGUAAGAAACCCUUCUCUUUCCCCUCCUUCCCUCUCUUCCAAAAAGAUACUCCAAUAAAGCUGUCUGAUUCUUUUUCUAUCUUAGAGCCACCACGCUCCCUACGAUCAUGGUCAGAGGAUAGCUUUUCACCUGAGCAGACGAGAAGUGCAUAGAAAACCAUCGGUGUAUUUGCAAGUUCUUUUUCUCGACAGAGCAAACAAAAAAAGAGUCAUGUAGUCUUUUUGUAUCUUUGCCGAACUGUGAUUGAAAAAAGGCAACCUUUAAUGUAUCUAUUUAAGACAUACAGAUGCAAAUGUAUGGUUUCCUUUUCUUUUGAUUUUCAUUUCUUUCAUUCACCUUAUUUUAUUUGUUAAUACUUUUAGUUGUGCAGUUGAUUUUCCUUUGUAUUGGCAACGUGCUGGCAUCAAAGAAUAUCAGUUUACAUAUACAGUAUUAAUAAAGUGUAAUAAAAUCCCA